GUGUGUCACUUUUCGUCUGUGACAAGAACGCGAAGAUCGAGCCUCGCAUCCAACUUUCACUGUGCUGCGGCACUUCCACCGUCAUGAUCGGUUGCGGUCGGCCCAGGCUGUUGAUCUUGACUGCCUUCGCCAUUGGACUCUUGUUUCUUACCGUCUACCGAUAUCCAGUUUUCCUCCCCUCGAACACCGAUCUCUUUGAGUGGCAGCCGUUUGGUCGAGGCCGCGGCUCUGCAACACAACCGAUAUGGCUCAUUGCGACCAGUACGCCAGCGCAGUCCCUCCAGCGUCGUAGCAUUAUUCGAUCAACGUGGCAGGCGCUUUUUCGAAAUGAAACGUUGUUCGAAACGCGCUUUGUUCUUGCAAAUCCUCCGGCUGAGUGGAGCUCAGUCAUCGCAAAAGAGAACGAAACUCAUGGCGACAUAAUAAUUCUCAAACAUCUGGAGGAGUCGUCGAGAAUUGCGAAUACCGUCAAGUCAAUUGAGUUCCUCAAAUACAUCACAGCCUGGCCUGGCAAGUGGUCCUUCGUCUCCAAAAUCGACGACGAUAGUUUUCUCGAUCCCAAUGCCUUCUACAAAGAGUACUUGAUGCCACUAAUCAACUCUGUACCCCAGCUGUCUGAACAACUUGUUGGUAUCGGUCGCAAACUGGACAUGAACGGGUUUGAAUAUCCGGGGGGUCAGUUUUAUACUUUAAGCUGGGCAAUGGUUGAGAAGCUUGCCAGCCUGCACGCGGAAAAUCCUAUCACUGAUGAGCACGAAGACGUCCUCAUCGGUCGACUUUUACACGAGGCGGAUGUGCCCUGGCAUUUCACCAAACUUCCAAAUCGGGUUGCAUUUGAUUACGACGAUUCACUGGGAGCAAAUCUUGGAGGAAAGAAGACUGCUUGGGCGAAAGAAGACGCCGAUCUAGAUGCGUGGGUACAUGCUGUAGGCUCUCGCGCGAUAAAUCCACACAAAAUGAGAGGAGACGAGGAGUACCUCCGGGUGGCAGCUUGUUAUGAUAGCAAUGGUCUCAAAAGACACGGCCACUAGACGAUUCGAGACCUGUAGUUAUGUUCAGGAGCCAUUGUUUUGCACAGAAACUUUGCUUCAGCUCGCACUCAGAUAGAGCCUCCAGCGUCUGGACGGUAGAACAAUCUACCUCGCUGCUCUCUCUGGGCCCCUGUCCCUCCCGGUCUUUUUAUCCACGAGGCUCCUUCACACACGCCG